AUUAAUGGUGACUUUAUACAACGUCCAUUUUCUUUGGCCAACAGCCUAAAUCGAUUUAGCAGUGUAAGUCGCUAUACUUUGGGACGAUUCGUAUUACCGAAAUCGCGCAUUCAGUUUCACUUUUAUCUCGGCCUUCCUGGCUUCCCUUUUGUCGUUUCAUCGGUAGUCCCAUUGUGCGUGAGCUCAUUGAAGACUGUCAAGCUUGGCGAGGUCGGGUGUUUUUUGCAAAGGCACUCGCAGAGUGCGAGCCAGAGAACCUCGUUAAAUGACCUGAAUAGAUCGCUAAACUGAGCAAUUUAGGCAACUAGAAGAUCUUUUUAACACCUGAAAACUGGGCAUUAUUGACGCCGUGUGUCAGAGCAUCUGGUCACGCUAUGGGUAUAUUUACAUCGAAAGCCACUACAACUGAGCGCCUACCGCCGCCUUCUCCACGACCCCUUUUGCCACCCCCUCUUCAGUCUGGACAACCUGUACGUUUGCUUGAGGGAUUGGUAGAAGAGAUUAAACCCGUCGAAACUACGAACGUUGACGAGAAAGUAAAUGCAACCGGUGUGGAUUUUGAACCAACACCGAAUGAGCGUCAUUAUUCAGGUUUUGGAAUGAAUCUUGCCGAUAACCCUAGAGAAACUAACACCAAAACGUUAGAAACAGCUGAGAAAGGAAUAGAUCUUUUAAUGGAUACACCGCCUUCAGUCAUACCUAUUGGAGGUCCGUCGUCGGUUGACAAAUUUGAAGAGUCUUUGCCCGUUAGGUCCUCGACAUUAAACGUGGUCGACAAGGAUGUGAAACUUGAUUUCUGCACCUCACCUCCAACGCUAAAGUUAGAGAAAUUUCUAGAGUCUCCGCACGUAAACUCGUCCCAAGCUUCAGAACCAGAUCAAGUCACAGCAGGAUUUCUGUCACCAGCAACGCCCCAAAGUUUCAUCGAGACUCCAACCGAAACGCCUUUGCCGGUGUCGCCGCAGUUUGCAAAGCCAGCUGAGGUGGAAAUGGAUGCUUCUUAUACAGUGUCCCAAACUCCCACACCAGAGAAGAAUUUAGUAGACGUGCCUUUGUCGGUUUCUGCUCAAAUUCCUAAGCCGCCGGAGAUCGCAAUGGAAGCUCCUUCACAGGUCCUACUACCAACAUCUAAGCCGAUUGAGGUCUCUGUAGGCACUCCUUAUCCAGUUUUACCCCAACCUCUGCAACCGAUUGAAAAAUCAACCGAGUUUUCUCCGUUGAAUUUCCACAAACCAGCUGAAGUCGCUAUAGAAGCUUGUUUGGCGGCAUUACCCCAAGCCUCAGAAACAAAAGCGCCUUCACAGGAUUCGUACCACGACUCGAAACCAGCUAAAGCUGAAGUCGAAACUCCGUUCGUAAUCACGGGUCAGGCGUGUGAGGCGGUAAAGCAGCCAGUAGAAACCACCCCGACCACUUUGAUCCAACCUCAGGAGCUGAUUAUCAAAACUACGGAAGGCCCCAAUACAGACUCUGAUUCGAAGCCGACCGAAAGGCCAUUAGGCUCUUUUGAGGCUUCUACAAUUGGUGUGAGUGCUUUAAAGCCGGGUGAUAAGCUAAUAGACGUUUCCUCCACUGAAUUCGAUGUGAAAUCGGGCGUCACAGCUCCUGGAUCGCAAGAAAGCCGAGCUCCAAAUAUAGCAACGGAAGUGUCUACUUUUAGACCAGAAUUUACUCCAUCUAAAGGUCUGCCAAUUGUGCCUAUUUCAGAUAUCCCACGUUUGACCGAGAAACCAUUGGAGUUUUCUCGUUCAGAUGUAAAGAUAGAACCAACAAAGGAGCUCUUACAAGCCCCUGCAACAAAACGCAUUGUUCAAGAUGCGGGAAAAACAUGUUGUGGCACAGACACGAUCACGAAAGCAACGGACAAAUCGAUAGACGUUUCUCUUAAAGACGAAAUCCUGACUAAACAGCCAGCUGAGAAGGCAGUUAUAGAAGGUCAAGCAGCUGAACCGGAAUUGGAGUUGGAGUUGGAGUUAAAGCCAUCUGAAAAAUUAAUAGAAGUGCUCUUUACAAAGUGCGUCUCGAUUUCAGAAUCGACUGUGAAAGAAGCCGAGACAUGUGAAGAAUCAAAGCCAGAAGAAAAAAUAGUAAGAGAUACCACACCAAACAUUAUGACGACUCCAAGUGCGCCUACACGUACUUCGACCGAAAGAAGUGCAUCCGCUCCAAUCAUACCUCCAAAGCCAACUGUCGAAUCUUCAGAAGCCUCACACAUCAAAGUUAAAUUGGAACAAGUUGCGCAAUUAAUGCCCAGGGGCGCUGAACCACUUCCUUCUGGCAAAGAUCCGACCCUUGAGAUACCCGCAGCAAUGACAGAGCCACCUCACUCCGAAGAGCCUGACAAGGUCAAGCAGAAGUUGGCGGAAAUACCAUUAACUAGAGAUCCUGAUCUAAAUAUACAACCUACGCCAACUGCGGCUUGUAAACCAGUGCCAAAAUUGACGUCGACCAGUGAAAUAAGCGAGAGCUCUGAAUUUGAAUUGAAACCGCCUUACGUGCGGACGUCAUCAGUAAUAUCAAACGAGGAUUUCAGAUCGAAGUCGACUAGCAAACCAACAAAGCCCAAACUGUUGCUGGAACCAACUGAAAGCCCGGAAGCAACUGGGUUUCAAGGAGGACCCAAGGAGGCAACAACCGCAACGAAUCCUUGUCAGUACGUACAACCGAAACAUACCGUCGAACCAGCAGAGCUGAUUCGACCUGAUCAAGACGUAAAACUAAAAGAUGUUACGGAACCGCUACAGAAGGCUGAACUCGACGUACACGUUAUAGCAACGAACAUACCUGUAAAGGUAACGCAGAUGUCGGAAAUGGAUAAAGUUCCAGGUCAUCAACUAGAAGUAGAUGCAAAGGCGAUAGAAGCAGUCACACCGCACUCCAAUCUAGCUAGUCAAGUUAGAGGGUUGAAGGGGUCAGAUGAGGACGUGCGGAAAAAAAAUUACAGUCAGAUCUCCAAAAUUAGGCAGGACGUCACCGUACUGUCGAAGCCGACCGAGAAACCUGUAGGACUAACUAAAUCAGACCACGAAAUAAAACCUGUUGAGGUAUCUGCAGCAGUGAAAAUAUGUGAUGAACACGCUAAGCCCGCCCUUGACGUAUUGACGGGUGGAUUGGAUAAGAUAACUGAAGAAGUCGAAAUCGAUUUUAAGGCCAGUAAGAGAGACCUAUAAAGAUGUAGGAAAAAUUGACAAAACUGAAAGAAAGAGCUGACGAAAUAGACCGCCCUAGUAGUAUUAAACCAGUCAAAACAAUUAACAGGAGUAACACUGAUGAUACAAUGACGUGAAAUCAAAGAUGUUGGACGAGGAUGGACAGGUAAAGCCGACCAAUACGUUUAGUAAAGGUGAUUCCAUCCUAUAGGUUACUAACCGGUGACGUGAUGCUAAAGAUGGAAGCACAUACAGGAUUGAAACCAAGAAAGUCAGUUGACGCGUCGAUCUAGGUUUAUAGAGAAACUGAAAUUUGUUUCAAGUAGGCGGCUGAGGGCAACAAGUUCGUGGUGAUGUUUAACGCGCAGGGAAGCCUUCACGUCACGCUUUCAAAUGCUCUAACACCUGCGUCAAUCCUGUCAAUUGUUACCUUUGAUGCUUUGUGUGGACUUGCUUAACAAGUACUGAAACGCGCCCGUUUCGUUGCCAUCUCUCCUGACGGUGUAAUACUUGCUCUGAAUUUAUUCUUUGUGGGCGCAUCUUCAGCUGGUCCAACACUUAUCCCAAAUCUGCCAGUUGCGACUCUUUCUGAUACUUCAACACCUGCACCAAAUGUACCCCUAUGGGCACACCUUUAGGUGCUCCAACAUUUGCGCCACACGUGCUAAUCGUCAACCCUUAUGGCGCUCACACACCAACGCCGAGUUUAGCGCCAACUUACCCGUUUUCAUCCACUUCCACGCCAGCACCGAAUUUGAGGACGGCUUAACAGAACCCAUAUCAACAUCAUACGAAAGUGCUUCAUCACUUCUGACAGAAUCUAAUCUAGCGCAGAAUCUACACAUACAACUCGGCGAUUUCGUUUCUCUUAUAGCUAUGGCAAAACGAUCACAUGUACUUCUAGAGCGUCAACAUCACUAGUUUACAUUUUCCUAUAGUAGCACUAACUUCCUUCGACGAUCAGAACUCUGUAUAUUCUCUAGCUACUAGAACCCCUCAUAACCUAAAUACAAAUUCGAGACAGAAGCCCCCCAGGAAAGCUAAGCUGCUAAGCGUUCAACGAAGUUAAACGUUUUAAAGCGACAAGACGUCGAACCCAGAGAGAAGGCUCGACCCCGGCGCCAAUUGAUGUGCAGAUCAGUGCGUGUACUUGUGUUAUGUCAUUGGUAGUAAUAGUAAUUGUUAGUCAUAAUAUCUAUUUCCUACGACGACGUAUCGUAAUAAUAACCGUAUAAUGUUUUUAGUAUCAAUAG